AUGGCGCAUCCUGUUGCUUUCCUCGCUCUCUGCUGGGCUCUCUUUGCUGCCAUGACUUCCGCCUACGAUGCCACAAUAUACAGCGCAAACGCUUGGAACGCCGAGGCUGGCGGUUUCCAGUGCAUGUCGAUCACAAACUCUCCCCCGUCGUUCGAUGCGCGGUGGAGCUGGCCGAAAAACGUCACCAGUUCCGUGCACUCGUUCCCCUACGUCUCCUUCAUCGGAAACGAGCUACCGGCUGUCCUUUCCAACAUUUCUGCGCUGCAGCUCGCCACUCAGUGGGGCAUGGCCCCAGGAUCGUCAGCCACCAGUUCCGUCGGCCAUCACCUAGACACCUCAGGGCUCGCCACUCAAGCCACAAAAGCCAAUGUCGCCUUUGACAUGUUCCUCCAUCCCAAUGCAUCCAAGGCUAAUGAUGCCACCACCGCAUCCGUUGAGAUCAUGAUCUGGCUGGCCAGUGUUGGUGGUGCCAAAGCCCUUGGAUACGCGACAAAUCGAACCUGCUAUACCCAGAAAAUGGGUUCUGUUGACUAUCUGCCCGUUCCCCUAAGUCUCUGGCUCACGUCUACCAGUAUCCUAUACUCCGGUGUCAACCAACGUGGCCUCAGCGUUUACACUUGGGUGCCCGAGAAAAACGAGACCAGCUUUGACCAAGACAUCUCGCCGCUGCUGCAGUAUUUGUGGCGCAACCAGUUCAUCUCGUCCAAUCUCACCCUCGGCCUAGUGCAGUUUGGCUCCGAGGCAUAUUCUUCGCAGGGGAAUGUGACCUUUUCCGCCUCGGGCUUCGCCAUGGAUCUGGAGCAUGGCGCCGCUCCGACGCUCAUUCCCGGUACUCUGCGUUCCGACGAGACUGUGAACAACGAGAAGGCUGUGGACCCGUUUGACGACGAUGUAGCAUCUGCCUCGUCGCUGCCAGGCAUCCCGGCAGCCGGGCCAGAAGGCACAGCCACGGGCAGAGACGCCGAGAAGGCGGCAGACACCGGCGACACCGGCGACAGCACUGGCAAUGCCAGCCCCAAGCGCGGCUAUCUGUACAGCGCUGCCGCGUGGACGCGCGAGACGUACUGCCCGCGGGUCGAGGCUGCCCUGGUGCUGCCGACCUGUCCGACCGAUGCGGAGAAGCUGAGCUAUGUGCACACGAACCGACUUCCACUGUACAUCUUUGGCAUCUUCUCCUUUUUCUCGCUAGCCACCGGCAUGUGGCUGUUUGCCCUCUGCGACGUCAUCUUCGUGUGGUACGCCCCCUUUGUGGCCUUUGUUAACAUUUAUCUGCUCAUCUCCUACCUGGUCGGCAUCGUCGGCAAGGACUGGGACUACCAACGCCACCUCGACCUAGCUGUCGCCCACCCUAUCACCGACGAGACCGCGCCUACGGUCGACAUCUACCUGCCCGUCUGUAUGGAGCCGGUCGGGAUCCUGGCCAACACGUGGGCUUACGUCGUCCGCCUCGACUGGCCUGUCGACAAGCUGCGCAUCCACGUGCUCGAUGACGGUGCCCAGCAGGACGUCCAGGACCUUGCCGCCCGCUUCGGCUUCGAGUAUAUUGUCCGCGACGACCGCCCGCGUCUUCGCAAGGCCGGCAAUCUCCGCUGGGCCUUUUCCCGCACCGAGGGCGACUACUUUGUCAUCUUUGACGCUGACUUCUGCCCCCGCCCCGAUCUUAUUCGCGAGCUCGCCGUCGAGCACCUCGCCGACCACACCGUCGCUAUCGUCCAGUCUCCCCAGUUCUUCCGCGUCGUGCCUGAACAGACCUGGGUCGAGCAGGGUGCCGGCGCUACCCAGGAGCUCUUUUACCGUGUCGUCCAGGUUAAUCGCAACCGCUGGGGUGCCUCUAUCUGCGUCGGCAGCAAUGCCAUGUACCGCCGAGCUGCCCUAGAAGAGGUCGGUGGCACCGCCGACAUUGGCUUCUCCGAGGAUGUGCAUACCGGCUUUGGCUGUGUUGAUCGAGGCUGGAGGGUUAAAUACAUCCCCCUUUGUCUGGCUACAGGCGUCUGUCCCCCUACGCCGCGCUCGUUCUUCUCGCAGCAGAUGCGCUGGGCUCGCGGGUCUACAACGCUGUUAACAAACAAGCACUUUUGGACGUCUAAUCUAACGCUAAUGCAGAAGAUCUGCUAUAUGUGCGGCUUCUUCUAUUACUCUGCUAUAUCAUUAAGCAUCUUUACGUCUCCAAUCCCCGGCAUCUUCGUCUUAGCCUUCCGCGAAUCCUGGUUCAGGUUCUACAACCUGGCCUUUGCCAUCCCAUCCAUCUUGUAUGGAUUAUUCGUGUUCCGGAUAUGGGCCAAGGCCAGCUAUGGCCUGAACGUGCAACACAUCAUGUUGAUCCAAUCAUAUGCCUGCUACCUGACAGCAAUCAAGGACCGUCUGUUUGGUAUCGAACUGCUGUGGGCUGCGUCCGGCGAUGCCAAGGCGCACAAGAGCCACAAAUACCGCAACAUGCGCAUUCUCUGCUGGAUCUGGACACUCCUGACCUUUGGUGGUAUGGUUGGGGUCGUGUCGUGGCGGCUGGCCACUGGUUUCAAGUGGUACAAUCCGAUCCCUCUCAUCGUGCUCAACGUCUACAACACGUAUUUAGCGCACCGCUUUCUGUUCUGCAACUGGUAG